GCGGGAAGGAGGCUUUUGUCGAAUUUUUACCCGCUAACCUAGUCUUCAGGAGUAGCCUUAUCAAAACAUCCAGCCCCAGAGAUCACGUCCUCUGUUCGAGGCCAUGGGUCAGAUUUCGGGGCUCGUGCCCUCUCGCUUCCUGACGCUCCUGGCGCACCUGGUGGUCGUCAUCACCUUAUUCUGGUCCCGGGACAGCAACAUCCAGGCCUGCCUGCCUCUCACGUUCACCCCAGAGGAGUAUGAGAAGCAGGACAUUCAGUUGGUGGUUGCGCUCUCUGUCACCUUGGGCCUCUUUGCAGUGGAGCUAGCUGGUUUCUUCUCAGGAGUUUCCAUGUUCAACAGCACCCAGAGUCUCAUCUCCAUUGGGGCUCAUUGUAGUGCGUCGGUGGCCCUGUCUUUUUUCAUAUUCGAGCGUUGGGAGUGUACCACAUACUGGUACAUUUUUGCCUUCUGCAGUGCCCUCCCGGCUGUCACUGAAAUGGCAUUAUUCGUCAGCGUCUUUGGGCUAAAAAGGAAACCUUUCUGAUCACCUCACUACGGAAACUUAGGAACUCAGGCUGAAGGAAGGACCAGUCAUCAUUUCUGGAAGGAAGAAUGCAUCAUUUUAGACUCCUACACCUGCAUUUGCUGGAGGAUAUCAGUAUUAGGAUAAACUCCCUGUGAUUACCAUAUUUUUAUUUAGUGGUUUGUAAUAAAAUAUAUUUUAUAGUACGACCAAGACAUACAAAAAUUUCAGGUGACCAAACUACUGGAGAAACGGGAGGAUGUUUUCCAGUUUGUCAGACUGUUACGACAUUUAGUGUCGCUUUUAUUUUGAUUAUUACGGUAGACGGCUGGCGGAAGACUGUGGGUGGGGAUAUGUAAAUAUCCCCUUCGGAAGUGAGUGGAGCAUUCUGGGAGGAAUUAAUUUGUUCUUUCCUAGGUGCCACCUGGAAAAGAAAACAUAUUUUAAAGAGCUGCAAUAAUGUAGAAAUAGGAAUGGAAGAAAAUAAAUUACCUUAGGCUGCUCAGACUAAUGCGUUAUAUGCUCACCCUAGCUGUUAGCGCAAUCUUUUCUACGGAGUGCGGAUCGCUGCAUGUACGUAUUGUAUCGUCAGGUAGGAUAAUCCUUACCUGUUCCUCCUUCGGGAGGGCAGUUUAGAACAUGAUGAUUGGAGUUGCAUGAUUCGUGAUUAGCGUCUCUGCGUAAUCAGGGCUCGCAACACCCUGAUUGC